AUGGAGCCCCCCGCGCCGCCGCCGCCGCCGGCGGACGCGCUGUCGUCCCUCCCUGACGCCGUGGUCGACGGCAGCAUCCUAACCCGGCUCGACCUCCGCGACGUCGUCCGCACCUCCGCGCUCAGCCGCGCCUGGCGGCACCGCUGGGAGUCGCUCCCCACGCUCUCCCUCUCCCUCCGCGACGGCAUCGGCACGCCUCCGUCGAUUGUCGACAGCGUCCUCAGCUGCUACGCCGGCCGCAUCCCGGACUUCUCGAUCCGCAUCAACUCGCAAUCCGCGUGCCGCGUCGACGACUGGCUGGUUGAUUUGUCCCUCCGGGACGUCCAGUCCAUGGACCUCCGAAGCAACGACUGCCUCUUGAGCAUCCGCUCCUCGAUCUACUCUUUUAGCCAUCUCGUGACCCUCAAGUUGCACAGGUGCGACAUCCCAACCAGCCCCGUGGGAUUCGCCGGCUUCCCGUUGCUCAAGGACCUCGAGCUCGUGGAUGCCCAUUUAUCAGAGAUCGAGGACUUGGAGGCUAUCGUCCGUGGGUCGCCCUUGCUUGAUGCUCUCAUGCUAUCUGAUGCAUAUAUCCUUAACAACGAGCUGGCGGGUUGCGUGAUUGAGGCGCCCAAUCUCCGUAGCCUGACAAUCAUUUCGGUGGUUGUUUAUGGCUGGCAAUUUGGGGGGCUGCCGCGUCUCGACAACGCUACCAUUGAUUUGGACACCUAUAUGUACGAGGGUGAUUUGGGAGAAUUCCUUGCCGGAGUUGCUCAUGCUAGGAAGCUCACUCUCACAACAUUCUACCUACCGAAAAUGGGUGAUGACACUUUACUGGAAACACUUCCAUACAAAUUUUUCAAUCUAAGGAGCUUGUUUCUUUGCACCCACUUUUGUGGAUUGUAUUCCAUUUUAGCAACCUUCUGCUUGCUAAGGAAUGCUCCUAGCCUUGAAGAACUGGAAAUAACGAUUAAUGGGGAUCAAGAGCAGGAAACUGAAGCAAACACAGAAUUCCAGAAUACACAAUGGACAAAUGGGAUGUGUGGCAGCCUUCAGGUUGUGACGAUAAAUGACAUUUCCUGUUUGUCAAAUGAGAUGUGCUUUAUAAAACUGGUCUUAUCUAAAGCAACAUCGCUUCGAACAAUGUCUAUUAUUCUUGAUGAUGAAUUCUCAAGGUCUAAUGAAAAUAUACUAAGCGAGUUAAAUACCAAUAGAAGAGCUUCACCUCAUGCCCAAGUCUUUUUGCAAAGGUAA